AUGUCAGCACUCACUCCCAAGGAGGCUGCCCUUCAGCUGCGCAAAGUCUUACAACUUUUGACCACAGCUAUCAACGACAUUGCAUCCCGUUGGGAGAGCGAGUCUCGGGACGAAAAUGCUGUUGAGAUACGGUACAAUGGUACGACACAACAUACAGCCCAGGAUCCUGUCAAGGUAGCGCUGGCAGCUAUGGGCCACGUCGAGAGCUUAAUCACGGAACCUCACAGACUCGUCGUGGACAUGUCCACCUCGUAUCUGAUAUCACGGGCUCUGCACAUUGUGGCCGAUCACGAUAUUGCCGGGAUCAUUGCCGCGGCCAACGGGGCCGAUGGGGUUCAUGUCGAGGAGCUCGCACGGCUGGCUGGUAUGGAGCAAGACAAGCUUUGCCGUAUCAUGAGAGCUCUCGUGUCUCAUCAUGUUUUCCAGGAAGUGGAAGAGAGACGAUUUGCGAAUAACCACGUCUCGGAAACUCUCGCGGGCGACCCCGCGUUCAGAGCGCAUAUUAUGAUGAAGGGACGGGUUCACUAUGCGGCCAGCGACCAUCUACCGAGCAUAGUCAAAGUCAAGGGUUCUGAAGUGCAGCAUGAUUCCGAGGCCAGGAAGACUGCCUUUCAAAAAGCUGUGAGAACCGAUUUGUCCUUGUUUGACUGGAUGAAUCAGGAAGUGCCGGCUCAUGACACGGAUUGGCGGCCGCGACUCAAGAACAACGAGAUAUCAAUUAUCAGCUAUUCUGACAAGGACGCCAUUCCGGGUAGCCCUGUGAAAACGGUGGCUCGGCCGGAAAAGUUGCUCUUCCAUCAGGCCAUGGCAGGGCUGGACAGAGGACAGGGACACUUUUAUCUCGGCGCAUAUCCUUGGCGUGAUCUCGGUACUGGAACAGUCGUCGAUGUCGGAGGCGGAAUUGGCUCGUUUUGCAUGCAGCUCCACGAUAUCUACCCAGCUCUCCAGCUGGUUGUCCAGGACCGCGAGCCGGUGAUCAAGCAGGCGAUAUCGGUUUGGCAGUCCAAGUACCCCGAAGCUCUGAACUCGGGCCAAGUCAAGCUCUCAGUCCAUGACUUCUUCAUGCCUAACCCCGUUCAGGGCGCUGAUGUAUAUUGGCUGAGAUAUAUCUUACACGACUGGCCAGACAAUCAAGUCGCCACCAUUCUCGGCAAUAUUGCCAAAUCCAUGACUGCCUCAUCCAGGCUGCUGAUUGCAGACAUCAUCGUAACCACGACGGUCCGCACCAGUCUCGACGGCGAUGCCUCGACGGCCGUCGCAGCGCCCCCUCCACUGUUAGCCAACUACGGCCAGGCCGCUGCGCAUGCUCACCUCAUGGAUCUCAACAUGAUGAUGAUGGUCAAUGGGCGGGAGAGGACGCCGGCAGAGCUUGCGAUGCUGGUUCAAGCCACUGGGCUGGAGAUUGUGCGGAUCUGGCAGGGCUGUGCGGCUGAUGCCUUGGGAGUCGUCGAGUGUCGUCUCGCAGUCUAG